AUGGCGGCGCGAGCCUCGGAAAGCAAAGAAGAAGAAGAAGAGUUCGUGAUCCGCCGCUCGCAGAAAGCAGAGGAAACCCCAUAUUGGCAACCCAACGUCGCCAAAGUCCUCCAGCCCAGCACGCGAGAAUUCUUCCAACGCUAUGCUCAAAUCCCCCCCGCGGAAAUCGAACCACAUAUCCGGGAGAUUCAAAAACGGGCAUGGGAAGUCGCACCGUUUCCCUCCGUGGGAGCCAUGACGUGGUUGAAUCCCUUCUGUUCGCUGCUGCCGCAAUAUGAACCGAUCCUGAACCGAGUCAGAGCCGGCGCAUCCAUUCUCGACUGUGCCUGUAUGGUGGCGCCGGAUCUCCGGAAACUGGCGUAUGACGGCGCUCCGACGGGGGAGAUGUACGGGUUCGAUGUGGAGAGCGAAUUCUUCGAUAUCGGAUUCGAUCUAUACAAGGAUCGCGCGACGUGGCGGGGCAAGUUUUUCCCGGCGGAUGCUCUGAGACCUUUCCAGGAGACCGAGCUGGGCACGCUGGUCGGGAAACUGGAUAUUGUCUGGUGUGCCAAGUUCAUUCACAUCUUCGAUCGGGAGGGACAGAUCGAGAUGAUGGUCAAGCUCGUAUCGCUGCUGAAGCCGGAGAAGGGGAGUCUUUUCGUGGGGUCGCAGAAUGGAUUUCCAGGCGGAAUGACCGUUCCCGUGGCGGAUGAUCAGAAAUUCGUCGGCAUGAGCGGCGAGAUCUUCCUCGGGGACACAGGGGAUAUGGAGGAGAUGUGGGCCGAAGUUGCACGUCGGACCGGCACGCAGUGGGAGCUGGAGGCGACGUUUCUGGAUAUGAGGACUAUUGGAUUGCACGAGGACGAUGGAUCGCCUUACAAGAAGCGAACAGGGUAUGGUGGAGCCCGAAGACCUCUCAUGCUCGAGAAGAAAGCUGACUUUGUUCCCACAGGUACAACCUGCAAUGGGUGGCGACCAUGAAGUAG